AUGACGAAUGCGGUGUCGCCUUCAUUCGUUUCCCCAGCGUCUAACAUCAUUGACCAGCCCUCAGCAAACUCGCGUUCUCUUUCAGCAUAUUCUAUACGAGCAUCGGAUGAGCUAGCUGAUGAAAUUGAAUUGCUAUCAGAAAUCGUAGGCUCGCGUGAUGGUGCUACCUUACCUUCCCCAUCUCUCCCUCAAGAUCACUCCGAUCACGAUAUCCCUACUCCAGCCCGCUCCUCUUUUGCAGUCGAGCUUUCUGACAGAAUCUAUGUGUCUCCAGAAACCGUCAUCUCGCGUGGUGCAGCUGCAUCCCCUUCCCCAUCUUUUUCCCCUCAGGGCUCCUCUCGUCCUCAAAUACCUCUUGCUUCAGCUUCCACUCCGGUCCUAGCCUCACCUCCAAAGUCGGUUUGGAAGCGCUUUCCUAUGUUCAACAGGUCUGCAGCAUCUGUAGACUCCAAGCGGUGGAAAUUCUCGCGCAUUGGUAGCAUCAUGCAGCGCAAGCAUCGGAACGUGGGACCUGAUGAUGCCCAGGAUUAGUGUGCUUCUAGUUCCUGUCAUCAUUGGCCCCCCGUUAUAUCGUAUCGUACAUCCCGUACCCGGUCCAGUUGAUAUAACAUGACUACUUUGCAGUCCGUGUGUUCUCUAUCACGAAUUAGGCGUUAUAUUUCAUUUAAGGCAGGUAUUCCUCUGAAGCCAGCGCUUUAUUCCGAACAUCCAGCGUAGCACUCCAAGCCAUAUCAAUGUAGUAGCACGCCCGUCAUAGCACAGUCACUACCUCGGAUGCGCAGCCCGAAAUCCUGUCGACCACGAACAUGUAAUCAAUUAUUCGAUUAGCAUAGGUUUAUU